GAAAUAAAAAGUGUUAAACUGAAUGCGGUAAUGCCUUUAAAGUUGUCAAAGUUUUGUUUUAAUGAAAAAUACAUAUAGCCUAUUACUGUGAAAAAAAUUAUAGGACUGUGUUUAUUACUGUAAUAGUGUGAUUAAAUAUAUAGUAUGUUUACUGAAACUCAAUUUAAAGAAUAUAAAUUGUCUAACUCAAUAAUCUAAAUCUAGUUCUUUCUCACAAUUUAACUCACAAUCUAAUCUAAUCUAAAUUAAAAUUCAACAUUAAAAAAACAGGGUUAUUCCACCAAAUAAUAAUUUUUGAACUCUUAAAACUUUAUGAAUAUAAUGUUUUCUUUGUUGUCAUUUGUUUUUUCAGCCAUUUCUCUUUUUCUGUAAAUAAAUGCUCUAUAUGACAAUAUUUUUAUUUGGAAUUUGGGAGAAAUGUUGUCUGUAGUUUAUAGAAUUGAUAAUAUAAUAAUAUUUUGCUCACAGUUUAAUGCAUUAUUUUAUGUUCGUUCUUAUUGCAGUAAUUAAAUAAAUAAAAGUACACCGUUCACAGCUUUUAUUUUGAUUUCUCCUGACCUUUGUCUCCAUUUCCGCUUCCUGGUUGGUGUUUUGUACAGUAAAAGUCCUCGGGCGGCUGUGUGAGAGGCGCGGGUGAGUCAGUGAGCUGCAGGAUCGAUAGUGAUCGAUAUCAGUGAUCGGAGAGCGCUGGGGAUGGAGGAGAGCUGCUGGGUGGAGAUGAGUGGAGAUAAAGAGGAGAGAGAGGAGAUCAGGGGGAUGGAGGGAUCUGAACUCAACACUAAAGAGGAGGAGGAGGAGGAAGAAGAAGAGGAGGAGGAAGAAGAAGGUGGAGAAAUUUUCCUACAAAGGAACAUCAAAGAGGAGCUGGAACUAGAAGUUAUUACUAUUAAGGAGGAACCCGAUGAGCAGAACCCAAACUCGGAGCUCCAAGCCAUCAGCUUCAGUGAUGCCUCACACACCGAAAUUCAUACCGGAGACUCUUUUACCUGUUCACAUUGUGGAAAGGGAUUCCCUUCAAAAAAAUCCUUAAACUGUCACAUAGAAACACAUGAAAUCAAGAAACCCCACCAGUGUGACCAGUGUGACCGGAGCUACAAACGCCUCAGAGAUCUACAACAACACAAAAAGAUUCAUACCGGAGAAAAGCCUUUUGCCUGCACUCAGUGCGAUAAAGUUUUUGUUUCAUCAAGCCAUCUUAAGACCCACAUGAUGAUUCAUACUGGAGAAAAGCCGUUUACCUGCACUGAGUGUGGGCGUGGUUUUUGUACAUCAUACCACCUUAAAUACCACAUCAUGAGUCAUACUGGAGAAAAGCCAUUUACAUGCACUUAUUGUGGUAAAGGCUACACUACAUCAGGCAGUCUUACAACUCACGUCAUGAUUCAUACUGGAGAAAGGCCAUUUACAUGCACUGAGUGUGGGAAAGGUUUUACUACAUCGAAGCAUCUUAAAACCCACAUGAUGAUUCAUACUGGAGAAAAGCCGUUUACCUGCACUGAGUGUGGCCGUGGUUUUUGUAAAUUAAAUAAUCUUAAGACCCACAUGAUGAUUCAUACUGGAGCAAGGGCGUUUACCUGCACUGUCUGUGGGCGUGGUUUUUGUUCAUCAAACCAUUUUAAAACCCACAUGCUAAUUCAUACUGGAGAAAAGCCGUUUGUUUGCACCGUGUGCGGGCUUGGUUUAACUACUUCAAACAACCUUAAAACCCACAUGCUGAUUCAUACCGGAGAAAAGCCGUUUACCUGCAGCGAGUGCGGGAAAGGGUGUACUACUGCAAGCGUUCUUAAAACUCACAUGAUGAUUCAUACUGGAGAAAAGCCAUUUACCUGUACUCAAUGCGGGAAAGGUUUUACUCACUUAAGCUUUCUUAAAACCCACAUGAUGAUUCAUACUGGAGAAAGGCCGUUUACCUGCACUCAUUGUGGGAAAGGCUUCACUACAUCAGGCAAUCUUAAAACCCACGUCAUGAUUCAUACUGGAGAAAAGCCGUUUCCUUGCACUGAGUGUGGGAAACGUUUUAUGACGUCAUUACAUCUCAAAUCCCACAUGAUGGUUCAUACUGGGAAAAAACCAUUUGUCUGCACUGUGUGUGGGCAAGGGUCAUCUACUUCAGGCCACCUUAAAAUCCACAUGAGAACUCAUACUGGAGAGAAGCCUUUUAGUUGCACUCAUUGUGGGAAGAGCUUUUCAGACUUGAGUCACUGUAAAUCUCACAUGAGAAUUCAUACUGGAGAAAAACCGUUUACCUGCACUGAGUGUGGGCGUGGCUUUUGUACAUCAAACCAUCUUAAAACCCACUUUAUGACUCAUACUGGAGAAAGGCCGUUUACCUGCACUGUGUGCGGAAAAGGCUUUACUAUAGCAAACAAUCUUAGAACCCACAUGAUGAUUCAUACUGGAGAAAAACCGUUUACCUGCACUGAGUGUGGGAAAGGUUUCACAAAAGUGAGCCGUUUUAAAUCCCACAUGGAAACUCAUACUGGACAUUCAGUCAGUGGAGAAAGUGUAUUUUAAAUUCAACUUUCUAUAUAUCCCUUCAGGAUGAUUCAUACUGGACAAAAGCCUAUUCAUACUGGAGAAUAAAAAACUGAAAAAAUGUUCAAACUUAAAACCUGUUUGUUAGUUUACACAGAAGAAAAGCUGAAUGUUUUUUUUUUCAUCCCAAUCCACUAUGAAUAUUUAUUAUUUGAUCAUUCAUACCGGUUAGUGUGAUAUACAAUAAAUUGUAAAUAUAUGUUUA